AUGAAUGAGUAAGAAAAGAUUGCAUCAUCUGCAGAAUAGAAAAUUUUUGAAGAUGAAAUCAUUAAUGAGAAAAAAGUUCUUUAAUCUCUUUCAUAUAUUAAUUUUAAACUUCUAAAUGUAUGUUUAAUUGCUUAGAUUAGACAUUAAUACUUCAGAAUAAAUAAGAAAAAAAUGUUAUAAUUCUAUUCAAAGCAUUGUUAACUAUUUUUCAAGAUUCUGAAAAUUGGAUACCGAAGAAUAUCAAGGAUUGGGCAACCAUUUAAAGAACUAUUGGACACACAUCAAAAUUCAUUAAAAUGUUGUAAAAUUUUUAAAAAUAUUACAUAACAGAGUGCAAAAUUUUUUAAACUGAAGUAUUAUUGAAAACUGUUCAUGCAUAAAAGUUAUCAUCAAGAGCGAACAAUUUAUUAAUAAUUGUUUAAUCACUUGUAAAAUAUUAUAGUAAUCCCUUUAACUAAUCUAUGCAUGAAGACUCUUAAUUAACUAAAAAAUUUUAGAAUGAACCUCCCUUAAGUCCUAUCAAAAGUUCAAAUCUUAAGGAACAAGACUCUGAAAUCAUCAUAAAAGACUUAAUCAGAAAAAAAUAAUAUAUUAAAUUCACAAAUGAGAUUAAAUAAUCAUGUCAAAUAACCAAGCUAAGAUUAAGAGCCUCUUCUGGAAGUUAUCGUAGAACUAUACAAUCAUGUUAAAAUCAUAGAUUAUCUAUUCCUGUAGAGACUACUAUUCGAUAAUUAAGUAGUUCACAAUUAAAAUUUAAGCUUAAUAUCAAAUAAUAUAGCAAUACAAUUAGUAAUACAAUGUCUCUCAAAUCUAGUGGAAUUCAUAUUAGAGAGAUAUCACAAACAAAUACUCAAAUCUAAUUAAAUCAAGUAGAAAAAUCACCUUUAUAACAAACUAAAUGGCAAUGUGUAAAGGAUUCAUUUUUGACAAAAAAACUAACAUUAAAGAAAUAAAAAUGA